AUGCUUGAAACUGAAGCAAUUGAUUUUCACAAUCAUCUACCUCCGUAUAGGUCCUUACUUAAUCCAAAUGCCAGGUAUGACUAUCGCACUCAUACACUAAUUCCCUUGUCUCAAAGUGAUUUAAAUUUUUUACAAUCGUUUUUCAGAAGUGGAGGUAGAUCAACCCCAAUUUUCACCUACCAUCAACAAAGAUGGCAAUCACGAUCAACUAGUGGGAAUUAUACCACUAGAGCACCGAAUAGGGGUAGAGCUGCCAAUAGCGCAACGACGACGACAACAACAACAACAACAUCAUCAUCAUCACCAACAACAACAAUUGCACAAAAUGCAACAGCACCUCCUUCAAGUUCAAGCACCCCCUCUUCAAACUUGCUACUGUCUGAUGCAGGUGCUAACGACAAUGACCCACCAUCGGAAGUAUCUAUAGAAAAUGCAGUUGCGUUGACUAGCAAUUCAGGUUUCCAAUAUUUUCCACCACCAUCGGCAUCUUCCACAUCGUCUUCAACCACAUCAAUCACUUCAAAUCAUCGUGGUGUAACUCAUCGGAACAACAAAGAUGCUUCCACACCAACUACUUUUAAAAUGAAGUACAAGUCGCUACUUAAUGACGUUGGUCGUAGUAUUUCAUUAAGAUUGAGCAAUAGCAACUUGCUUUCCAAUCAAGCUCAGUCGUCCGGCAAUAACACUACUGACACCACUACCAAUACCACUGGCAAUAGCAACACCAACACUGUCAAUGUUUCAAGAUCAAGUACCAUUAUAUCUUCUGCUAUCAAAAAGAAAUCUCAACCAUCGAUCACCAACAUCAAACAAAUGCCCGAAGAGAUAUUAGACUACAUUUUUUACCUUGUUGAUUGCAAAUCUGAUUAUGCCAAUUGUCUCCACACCUGCAAAUUGUUCUAUCUCAUGGCCAAACCAUACUUUUAUGAAAACUUGACUUUCACUUCAACUUAUCGGUUUGCUCAAUUUGUGUCGUAUCUUCGGUUGAAUUCAAGCGUGGGGCAAUAUGUGAAAACAAUUGACUUAUCAUGCAUUAAACCGGGAUACGAUGAAGAUGCAGAAGAGAAUGAUGACCAAGAGGAAGAGGUGGCAGAUCCAAAUAAUGAGGAAGGUGAAAAUACAGCAGUUAAUAUCCGAGACCGAGAUUUGUCGCAACUUUUCAAAAAGAAGGCCUUGGCCGGUUGGCGUGACUGGAAGUUCAAGAGCAAUCCACUAUACACUGUUCAUCCUUACCCCAGUGGUCAUUUGACCAAAAUUGCCUCCAACUCCCAAUUUCUGACGACAUCAAACAAGUCAAGCUCUUCUCAAAAGUCAUCAUCGUCUGCCAAACGAUUCACCAAGCCCUUCAAGUAUUUCAAAACUAGGAAAAGAAGCAGAUCUUUUAGUGGCACUAUUAAUACAAGAAAAGCACCAAAAUUGGAGACUUUGAAUUUGAAUAAUCGUAAUAGUGGUAGCCAUUCAUCAUUAUCGAAUCCUCAUCCAUUGAUCAAUAAAUUCUUACUCAAUUACUCAACGUCAAAAGAUGUCCCCAUUGGGUAUGUGUUGCAUUUGAUCAAUUUGUGCCCUAAUGUCUGUAGUUUGAAUAUGGGCGGAUUGUCUUUAUCCACUGAUUACGAAGUUCUGAGAUCAUCAAUGUGCAAAUUUCAAACUUUUGAUUUGAUGAGCAAUUACCCAAAGGAUUUGAUUCAUAAGAUUGAUAAUCUUAUAAAGAAUGAUGAGUCUGAUGACGCGUCAUUUUCCUCCGUGGGUGGUCCAUUCCUACACAGUCACCAUUAUCCAGACAAUAAAUUUUCCAGAAAUUUGUUCAAAUCAAGUCAAACAAACACAUCAACAGCAUCGUCUAUUUACUCGGUGACAACUUUUUCCAAGCCUAUCCGUAAAUACAAUAGCUUGUUACCACCACUUCCACCAACAUUGGCUGAUAUAUCUUAUGUUAAGAAGGGAGACCGGAAGGUUUAUCUAUCAGAUUUGAAUUUGAAGUCUAUUAACAAUGCGUAUUUAAGAAAGAUUGAUGAGAGGGAAGUUUUGCUAGCCAUCACCAGGAUUCAUGGAAAACAGGUUAGCUCUUAUAACAGAAUCCAGCAAAUUCCAUGCCCGAUUGAAGAAGAAGAUGUUGCUGGCAACCUACGCUAUAUCAAUCUUUCAUCCAUGAUUUGGUUGAAUCGUGACUUGAUUGAAAAGUUUUUGAAAAAGUUGCUCGUGAAAAGAUCUGUUGAUUUGGUUGCAUAUGGCUACUAUGGUGCUGACACCACUUUUGGUGACGAAAGUGACCUGGAUUUUGACUCUGAGCUGGAGUCGUUUGAUGAUGAACACAAUCCAGCGGCAUACAAGCAGGACUUGGUUAUCGAUCUUUCCAACUCGGGAAUGUACAAGAAUUUAUUGUGGGCCAAACGAAUAGAUUUGAAUACCAGUGAAGGGUGUAAAUUAGCCGACAAAAUCAUUCGUAAUGAGUUGUUGUCACCACACGAGGAGUUCCUAAGAAGAGAAAGGUUAAGAAGAGGCAGGAUUGGUGAAAAUUACUUGGCUUAA